AUGAUGAGGUUACUACCUAUCAUUUUUUACACUCUACUAAUGACAGAAUUUGUUUUUGGAAAUUUUGCCAAUGGAUUCAUAGCACUGGUGAACUUCACUGACUGGGUGAAGAGACAAAAGAUAUCCUCCGCUGAUCAAAUCCUCACUGCUCUGGCGAUUUCCAGAAUUUGUUUGCUCUGGGUAAUAUUAAUGCACUGGUACAUAAUUGUGUUUCAUCCAGAUUUCUAUACUAUGGGAUUAAGAAUUAUUAUUCACAAUGCCUGGACAGUGGCCAACCAUUUUAGCAUCUGGUUUGCCACUAGCCUCAGCAUAUUUUAUUUGCUCAAGAUUGCUAAUUUCUCUAACCUUAUUUUUCUUCACUUGAAAAGGAGAGUUCAACAAGUAGUUGUAAUGUUAUUGCUGGGGACAUUGGUCAUUUUGUUUUUUCAUCUUGUAGCAGUUAAUAUACAUGAGAGUGUGAACAUAAAAGAAUGUGAAGAGAACAUGACUUAUAAGAUUAAACUGAGGAAUUUUGCACAGAUGUCAUAUGUGACUGUUUUCACAGUAGCAAACAUUCUACCCUUUACUGCAUCCCUGAUAUGUUUUCUGCUCUUAAUCUGUUCCCUGUGUAAACAUCUUAAGAAGAUGCAACUCUAUGGAAAAGAAUUUCAAGAUACCAGAUUCAAGGUCCACAUAAAAUCUUUGCAAACUGUGAUCUCUUUCCUCUUGCUUCUUGCCAUUUACUUUAUUUCUGUAAUCAUAGCAAUUUCUAAUUCUGAUAGACGGCUAACAAAGGUGAACCUCAUUCUUUGGCAAGCUAUUGGAAUGACCUAUCCUGCAUGCCACCCAAUUAUCCUGAUUUUGGGAAACACAAAGCUAAAACAGAUCUUACUUUCAUUGUUUUGGCAGAUGAGGGGCUGA